CUCGAAGCGCUCUGUGGACCACGUGACUCAGCUCUCCGUGGUGUCAGAGUGGAAAAGAAACAGGUAAAUUCAGUCUCUCGCUUAUUGUGUGAGCGAGUCGGCUCGUUAUAUUUUCCCCAAUUUGGUUGUAUCAAAUUGGGAUUGAGGAAUUAUAUCCUGUCCUUUAAUCUGACUAGAAGGUCGACAACGAGACCACUUGUCGGUCGGUUGUGUAGCAGUGUCUAAUAUUGAGCCGGGUUUCUGGUCAGUAUCGCCUGUUAUUUAUUUUCUUUUCAGGGGCCUGCAGGCCUACCUUUAGCCUCGGUUAUUUGUUUGUGGAAAGACCAGCCAUCAGAUUGUACUGCGGUCAGAAUAAUCGUGAAUAAUAAAGAGUGGAGUUGCAGAUUUUAGAGCAGCUACAUGCUAAGGUUGAGAGCGUUUACAUGCUAACGUAGCCUAGCCGUGUUGGUUAACUUAGCAUGGCUAACCAGGGGGGCAUCGUAGUGACAUGGGCGUUUUUGGUUUAGUCGGACAUGAAAGCUUUAGUGUUUGCCUGCAGCUGAUUAGCUAUUUAUUGUCACGGCUAUCAAGCUUAGCCGGUCAAAGCUAACAACUUCUGUCGUUGUAACGGCUGUUUUUUCUCCUCCGCUUCUCCUGCUUUGACGAGUUAGCUAGCGUCAGUCUGGGGUAAAGUUAGCCUCGUUGUCGCCAUGAGGUGAAGCCGUGAGAAGCGGAAACCCACCGAGACUUCAUCUUUGGAUGCUUUCCCCGUAACUAUUAGCCAAUUUGGCUAGCAUUUUGGCCAUGUGGCUGGCUAGCAGACCUUAAGUAUGUUCCCCAGGGCCUGGCUUUAGGCUUGUUUGAGGGCUAGUCCAAACAGGGUUUUACGUAACGUGUGCAAGAUUAAGGAGUCGCUGUCGAUAGCAAGGUUAACAGUUUACCAUCAGAAAGAGAUGAUUUAUAAAUCGGCUGGCUAAUCCGGGUGUUUGUGCACAUAUAUCUAUCAUAGUUACAUCUGUGUUUGACAUUAUUUGUCUAUUAAACACCAUGGUGGUUAUCUCACACAGAGAGUAUUGCAUAAUGUGCUGAAGAGGUAAGUAAGUUGGCUGGUGUUGUGCACUUGUAAGCCCUGAAUGCUGCAGCAGCACCCAGUGCACCGUGGCACUCCUGCUUCCCGGGUCAAACCCGCGUCAGCCUGAGAAAAAAUGGCUAAAAAGCCUCUUUGUUUCUAGGCGUUUCUAGCAACAAAGCUGGUGGUGUCUUAUUGAAACCACUGCUAAGCGUCUCCCCACUGGGCUAUAAGCUGUCAGGCCAGUUUGAGGAAGUAGUAUUCAAAUGUAGUACCAGUACCAGAUUAUGUUCAUGGCAAAAGUAGGUCAUUGUCACAGCUCUGUAACACCUCUCUCUCAUCCUUCCUCCCCACAGGUCUUAUUCCUUUGUAAAUACUGUUAUUUGUAUAUACUGUAAAUGAUGACGUCCAUGGGCGGGAACAAAGCCCGGGGCAACUGGGAGCAGACACAGGGCCAGACACAGAGCCAGACACAGCACAAGCAAAGGCCUCAGGUACCCUCACUCUCUACACCUGUCACUUUGCCCGGAUGCAUAAUUUAGUGUACCAGGGUUCAAUAAAAGCAAGUAAACGGCACUGAAUGUAACUUUUCUUGUUACAGGAAAAGUUUCUGGCUUAAAAGCUUUAGGGUCUAUACCAGCAAUUAAUCAGUGUAACAUAUCUUAAUGCAACACAUGUCCAGCAGCUUAGUAAGUAUGGUUAACAGGCGCAGAGGGCAAAGCCUUUCAUACAGUUGACACUUGUAAUAAAAAAUAGUUCAGCAGGUCUUAAUAGUCUAUUUGUAGUAGGACUGGGCGAUAUAGGAAAAAGUUUAUCACGAUAUAUUCUUUUCAUAUCAGUCGAUAUCGCUAUAUAUCACAGUAUAAAAAAUGAAAUUUAACAGUGCUUAUAGGUAGCAUGUCUUUUGCAAUACAAUAAGCUACUGCAUCUGUGAGGUCUUUGUGUCUCUUCAAUGUUUUGUCAUAAAGUGGACAGGAUGGGCAGCUGUUUCGGCUGCACAGGCGCCAUGGGCUCCUUGCUAUGCUCAGGGUUUGUAACCUUUUGCAUUGCGCAUGCUCUGCCGCGUGGCACUGCGUCAGGUGGUGAAAAAGAUUUUCGGUAUACCCUAUCUUUGCGAGAACAUUAUUCUGCUUUCAUUGACUGUUUAUAUUGUCUACCAGAACAUGGCAGAAUGCUGACUAUCGAAAAGCAUAUUGACCAUGUUUUAUAUUGAUAUUGAUGGAAAUGAAUUUUCGAUUUAUAUCAUUGUCGUUUUAUCGCCCAGCCCUAAUUUGUAUAUUGAGUAUUACACAAAUUUGAUGGUGAGAAUUGGUAGUUUUGUCAGAUCUUUUACAGGUCGAAUCAAGACUGAUGGCAGUCCUUUCUGCUGGAUUAGACAUUAAAGGGAUAUUCCGGCAUAAAUUUAAUUUAGGGCCAAACGCACCGUAACACCGAGUUAGACACCCCGCCGAGCGUUGAAUGUUACGGACCGCUUGCUUCUCUAACAUUUAUGAUCAUUUCUUCAUGGACAUACAAUCAGACCGAGACGCUGAGCCGGGAGAACUACCGCGUCUGCAGUGCAAAACGAUUAAUAUGAUGAUUAUUACUUUAAGAAAAUGAUAAAGAAACGAUCAUAAAUGUUCUUCCUUGAGCUGCGUCACCCCGCAGCAGUCCGUAAUGGACUGGCCGAACAAGCGGCUGCUGGAGGAGAGUGAGUGAGUUGUGUUUAGUCUCUUUGCUAAAGAAAUUAGGCAAAGCCAAAGCAUAUCCUGUUUUGAUAUGAAAAAGUAGGCCCUAUCCCUGUAUUUGCAGUUACCAGACGUUUCUGUCCCUUUUAAACAGGCUACUGCAGAGCAGAUCCGACUUGCGCAGAUGAUUUCAGACCACAAUGAUGCAGACUUUGAAGAGAAGGUCAAACAGGUGAGAUGUACAUCCUUUUGCCCUACUUAAACCUCCUUGUGUUUUCCUCGAGAUAUGUAUGUGUGUGUCUUUAUAUCAGGCUGUGUUGAUUUGGUUUUGAAAGUGCACCAAUACAAUAUCUAGCAUUCAGUGAUGUGUUGUGUACCUUAUUAUUGAUUUUAAAAUGAUAAAUUUAAAAUGAGAACCUAACAUGACAUCCAAGGUCUGAAAGUUCUCCAACCAGGUCACCAGGACCUUUUGAUAAGAGAGUUUAUCUUUCGCAUGCCCAAUCAUAUUGCCUAAUGAUUUGAAGACAUUAAAUAGAGGGUAUGGUGUCACAGUUAGUGUGCUUUUACCUAACACUGUUCAGACUGUGUGUGUGAAAAACAUGGUGCAUAAGUCUACAUAAGAGUAUUUAAGUGUCACUUGUGGGUCACCUCUGUGUCUCAUCAUGCCACUCUUUCUGUCCCAGCUGAUUGACAUCACAGGCAAGGACCAGGACGAGUCUAUGAUUGCACUGCACGACUGCAACGGGGAUGUCAACAGAGCCAUUAACGUGUUGCUGGAGGGCAGCCCAGACACUGUGAGUAUUGGCUUUGUGUGAGGGGUGAAGCGCCGUAGGGGGGCAUAUUCUGGAGAUCUGCAGUGGAUUAGAUAACUAUGAUACUGGACCAACACUGUCCUCUGUUAAGGCGUUUGCAAGGACGUGAACAUGGAAAGAGGAGAGGUUUAAUCCGCCAGUAGAAAUAAACAUGCUUGUGAAGCUCAGAGGGUAGAUGGAGAAGUUUACUGAGCACACUCACUUAACUUCCCUAGUUGGCCGCUUCUCCAUGCCCCCAGUGUGUUUGCUCUGAUCUCAAACACCUUAUCAGUAGAAUAAUUAAACAGAAGCUGAGUACAGUGGUUGGAAGAUAGCGUAUGAGAAAUUCUUACUGCUUUUAACAUUUUAAUUGACUAAACAAAGACAGUAAAUCGGCCUUCAUUGUGGAAAAGAAAAAGUGUAAGAAGAGCAUCAGGGGACGUUCAAACCAGACAGAUUGGAAAUUAGUUUUACCAGAACACGAAUCAGUCCUGAUAAGCAGUAGCCAGCUACCUCCAUUGUAAAGAUACAAUCUAAGUGGAUAGGAUUUAAAAUUGAAGCUAAGUCAGAGUGGCUUGGUGGGAAAUGGCCAACACGAGAAACAGAAUUAUUUUUUUUGUUUUUACACUCAUUUUAACUUCCAGCCAUUAUGAAAAUUUUAACUGAAACGAAAACAGAGAAGUGUUCAGAUAUAGACUAACCAUGCUGUGAGAAAUUAAAACAUGUUUACUUCAUCAAAUCACUGGCUGACCACAACAUUUCCUCCAAUCAGUGUCUCGCUGACCACCAGACCACACGUGCCACCUGCUCUGUUUAUGCAUGGACACAGUUCUGUUGUGUUGGAAAUGUAAAAAGGGACAACAGGGUGAUACUGUCUUAUUUCUUUCUAAGGACUCUUGGGAAAUGGUGGGGAAGAAGAAAGGGGUGUCAGGCCAGAAGGAGACGAGCCAGGCGGAGACCGGGGACGAAGGAAAAGAAAACAGGGAGAAAGGAGGAGAGAAAGAUGUUGCACGUCGUCGAGGCGGGGCGCCGCGUAAGGGCCGCGGAGCCAGCAGGGGACGAGAGUGUGAGUGUCAAUGAAUCCUUUUGCUGUUUCCUGUUUUCCACUUCAUGGUAUAAAACUAUCUAUACGCUUCGUUAAGUCGUGUUGUUUACGUACUUUUUUGGCUUUAGCUUUGGAUUCCACUGUCACUGGUCUUCUUGGGGAGUUAGCUGGAGUGCGUUUGCGUGUAUGGACAAACUAAACCUGAAGUUUGUGAUGCUGGUUGACUCUGCUGUGCUUUUGAAAAGGAAUUACACGUCUUCGUAAUAACAAGUUGUCUGCCGUUGGCUCACCUGGCUGCAUCUUUUUCGUUUCCUCCAAUUCUCCCAAACAAUAUUUAAAACCUGUCUGUGGACGAGAAUUGCAGAGAGCUAUCCUUUUCAUAGACGAGUAUCUUGUCAACAAAUUUGCAACAUGCCUCCUGCUAUUUACAUCAUGAGAUCAUUUUCUUUCCUCAAGAGUUUGACACCUCAUUUCAUCAAAAACAUGUGACCGUAGCGUGAGCGUUCUCGCCCUGCCGGAUCCUGAGUUUAUCUUCUGUCUUUGAGUGACACUUUCCAGAUAAGGCUGUGCUUCAAAAUAAAACUACCUUGAUAAGCGAUCAAAAAGACACGUGUGAAGUAAAGUAGGAGUAGAAAGAGUUUGUCUCACAAAAACAAGAGUGGGUAACUUUUGUAAACAUUAUAACUGUCUUUUUGAUGAGAAGAAUAAUAUAAAUGUUUUAAAGGAUUUUCAAAAGAACAGAUAAAAGAUAAGGGUAGCGCCUCUGCUCAGCGGUAGUCAUCUAUUCAUCAGCGUGAUGUAUUAAAGAUCAUGUUUCCUUGCAUGUUUGCAGCUCACUAGUCGACCAUUUUCGCCCCCAAACUGUUGUCCUGAAGGGGUUGAGGAGGGAGCAGCAAGAGAUUUAUUAUUCAUCUUUAUUCUGAAUGAUUUGGGCUAUCAGUCAGAACCACAUUUUGACCCAUUUGCUCUCUACAGUGCAGCACAUAUUAUCUCUAAAUCCUCUCUCUUUUGAACCCCAAGUUCGAGGUCAGGAGAACGGCUUGGAUGGAGGAAAGGCCGGAGUCGCCGGGAGAGGCGCAGAGCGAGGCCGAAGGGGAAGAGGCAGAGGAAGAGGGACAGUCGGUAAGUGGCGCUUCUCCCCAUUUAGUCAGACUUCUUUGGGAAGGAAAUUGAUCAAAUCUAAACAAACAGGACAUGAGUGACUCUUUCAUUUGCUCUUAUUUGGUACAAAAGUUGUCAAACUGAGAAACUGAAGCAGUCCUCUGUUGUCUCUAUAGGAGUGUCUGGACGGCGAGGAGGCAGAUUUUCGGCACAGGGCAUGGGGUAAGGGAACACCUGCGUUGCCCAAAACCAGAGUUCCUUUUGUUCCACUUUUACCUGUUGCCAUGGUCACCAGAGAGCAGGACCCUAGUCCAUUGUUUAGCUUUAAUCCAGCAGAGGGUGGACAUAUGUGAGCCAAUGGGAUAGAACAACGUGGGCUGAAUAUCCCUCUUUGGAGAGUGCAGUGUACAAACAUUUGAUUUAGAGUGAAAAUUGGAUAAAUCCACAUAGAAAAGACCAAUUUGGUUGACUUGACAAUACUCUCUGCUCUCUGGCCUGUGGCAGCAGCGUAAUCCAGUUGCACGUGGCUUAUUCUGUGUAUCACUUUCUAUGUGUGUGCUGUAAAUAACACUGGUGUGGCAGAGGAAGAGUACGCAUCUUGAUUGAUAGAUGUCCAAAUAGAGGAAAUACUCCUUUCAGCUGUACUGACAUUCUUGCCUCAUUCCUUUUAUUUAAUCUGAGGUACCGUAGUGGGGCUCAGAUGUGCUGUCUCUGGUGAUUUGAACCCAGAUUUGAUCUUGCUCUGCAGCUAUAGAUUUUUACAUCCUUUUACUGAGGCUGCAAAUGUGACUUGAAGUGGCUGCCAGUAGUAGAGGGAAGCGCUGAGUGUUUUUUUGCCUGUGAGAGGAUUUCUACUCUAUGGAAACGGAAAAUUGACAGCGUGUGAGUGUAUAUUGGAAAGAGGCGGCAUGACCUUAGAAGAACUAGGCGAUGGUGCGCACUGUCACUUUUUAAGACCAGAAAACCUCACAGCUCUUUUAUUGCACCACCAGCCUUCAGCCCUCCUCGCUGCUUAACGACCACAUGCCUAUACCGGUUGUGCAUUCAGCCAGUCAGAUUGUUAUGUGUCAGUUCAACUCGACUACAAACGACUUCAUUAUCAUUUUUCAAGAUCCGAAUGCUUCCAGAUUGAGCUGCGUCAUGAGGUGCCAUCUGUCAUCUGUGCUUGUUAACGUCAGGGCACCAGACCUUUAUAGCAGCAGUCACUGACCAGAGCUGCAGUCUUUGGAGGCAAAGAGACAGACCUUUAACCUUCCUGUUAAGAGCUGCAGUGUGGACGCCUGUCAGUCAAGUCAGCCACGCCACUACUAAUGCAAAGAUCAUUAUCUUAAUCUUUUCAGGAAGUGAUAAGUCAUAACCGGUACAAGUAGGGCUGGGCGGUAUGGGAAAAAGUUUAUCAGGAUAUAUUUUUUUCAUAUCAGUCGAUAUCGAUAAAAAUGUUUUAUAAAUGUUUUCUGUUACUCUUAAAUGAAAUUUACUAGUGCUUAUUGGUAGCAUGUCUUUUGCAAUACAAUAAGCUACUGCAUCUGUGAGGUCUAUGUGUCUCAACGUUUUGCCGUAAAGCGUUGAGCUAGAGAAAGUGGACUGAAUUGUCGGUUCAGUGCAGCGCAGACCUGGGGCAGCUCCCCUUUUCAUUGGCUAUUCGUAUAGUCUCCCAAAACAUGGCAGAAUGCCCGCUAUCGAAAAGACUUGACCAUGUUUCAUAUGGAUAUCAAGGGAAAUUCAUUUUUGAUAUAUAUCUUUAUCUUUUUAUCGCCCAGCCCUAGUACAAUGUGUACGUAAUGAACUAAAACAUUUUUUAACCAGGUUGUCAAUAGGCAUCGUUUUGCUGUCUAGAUGGGCUUUUUUUAAUGGAUGUGUAUGUGGCUUCGAUACUUUUGCAGCCAGCCUCAAGUGGACACUCUAGGAACUGCAGUUUUUUUGCAGCAUUAAACAUGAUGGAAUCUAGAGAAAUAUUUUGAGUUUUGUUUUUCGUCAGCUUGAUAAAUAUACCUCUGAUGUGUGUUGUCAGAUGAUCGUACACUUACAGGCAAACGGAAUAGAGAAAUGGGAUGGGACACACUGUUGUGUAUUAAGACAGGAAGGGUGUGGGUGUGUAUAGAUAGUAGAUCUGAAGAAGUGCAAAGUGAGCAGAAAGGUACAUGCAGAUGUGUCUCGCAUAUCUAUAAUAUGAUUUUCUGCUAAUAUGAUUACUAAUAUGAUUAUACUAGUAACGAUAAGCUCGUUUUAGGUGAGCUGAAAACGGAGGCUUUCCACUGAGAUAGCAUGUAGUGCUCGCUGAUUUGUUUUCCUCUUGACUAACCUCUCAUAUCACACAACACAACCGCUCUGAUUGCUUUUGCUUCUCGCUGCCAGCAGACAGCUCAGCAGCUUGGCUUCAGUGUCAUUUUUAACACGCCUGCUUCAAAGUAACACACAGGAGUUUAAACGCAGCGGCCGCGAAGCACACGAGCUGUUCUCAUUUUAUAACAUUGUGAUAAGGAUGGUCAGUUGGAAGUUUGCUUCUCAAAGUGUAGGUCCGGUGCCACCACUUUCAAGAUGAUGCAAAGCCAUUUUCCUCUGUUUACAAUGCACCAAAAAUGUUUGCAUAACCCCGAUUCAAACGGAGUUCACAGGGGAAAUGAGUCUUUUACUUUAUUAGUGAUGAAUAUGCUGAUUAAGGAGAAUUGCUUUUAAACUCAACAGAGUUGGACGAUUAUUGAUUUAAGUUCUCAGUAUUCACAAAUGUUGGGUUUCAGCCAGAGAAAGUAGAUGAUAUUGUUUGAUUUCAGCAAGGAGGCGGCUUAUUGAUGCAGAAAACAUCUUAGUGUGAAGAAUUUCAGAGAUAAAUCAACUCACUCCGUCUUUUAUAGAGUGGACUAAGUAAGACAUAAGGAGGUACUGUGAAAUAUGAGAGAUGGGAAAUGUUGUUUGGAUCAUUUUGAUACUCAACUACAAUGACACGGGUCGUCCACAGAAGAUAUUAGGUGUAUUCAGGGUGGAAGUACAGUCUAUGAUGUUAAAAUAAUCACAUCUCCUGUCAUCUCAGAGAGCUGGACCAUAUUUCAUUCAUGCUAGUGUCGACACAUCAUUGUUGUCCAGGAUUAAUCCAACAAAUAUUUACCUUAAGUUACUGUACUGCAACUGACUGCCCUGCAGGCAGUUUCUGUGUCCGUUUGUCACAUGACCAUUGAAUGUAAACAUGCAUUCGAGUUGCGAUACCUGGAAAACACUGGAUUAUGCAAGAGAUGCAUUUUUAGACCACGUUGUCCCGCUAGUCUCAGUGUUUGUUGAUAUUUGGGGCACACAUAUAGACUGCCAAACUGACAGGGUCACAGAGUGCUCACUUUAUUGUGUCGUUAUUGUAGGAAGGAAAAGAAAUGUCUGUAUUAGUUUGUGCUGAUACCUGCAGCUCUUAUCUCAGACAUAUAUAAACAAAGAGGUGAAAGUUCAGCUACAUUUUGCAGAAGCAAAACUCAUCACGUUGCAGAAUAAUUACUUACAAACCUUAACGGCGAAUUUCAUCCGAUGCACUUUUCUGUCCUCAGAUUGAAACAAACAUUUUGAAGUCAGUCCUGUUGGUCAAUAAUAGACAAAAGAAAUCCUUGUUGAAAUUGGCAGGUUAAAAGAUAGUGAGCUGGCGAGAGGAGGUGACUUAAGGUUUGUGUUACGAUGCUGUUGUUAGGACAUGUUUUGUAAAAAGGCCUUGAGGCAAACACCAGUUUUGUCAUCUCGUCUUCCUACAAGCACUUUUUUAACACAAAAACAAGGAAAUUCACAGGCGAGUAAAUUGAGCAAACUUUGUAUUCAGAUCCAGGCAGCUGCACUCGUGAGCUUUGAACAGCAGCACUGCAGGCCGUCCUACUAUGACCUGCAAUAAUUCAUAGUCAAUGCGUCCACCUCCUCCUAUUAAGGGUUUAUUAUGAGACAUAAUGUGUAAAUGUUUUUGUCUGUUUUUUUCCCCCGCUGUAAUCAGAGACUCCAUUCUGCUUCUCUGCCACUUUAAUUUAAAGCCAAACCACAGACCAGUGAGACCAGGAACACCAGGCUUUAGAUAACCAAACAAAAGUUUUAGCCAGUGACAUCACUUCAGUCCUUCAUCACUAUGCUGCUUGUGCAGUGUGUGUCUGUGUGUCUGUGUGUGUUUGAAGAGCAGCCUUUGUCGCGUUGGCAAAACAAGUUUGUGAUUAUUUGAUGUGAUUUUUUUUUUUUAGUCUAAUUUUCUUUUCAAAGAUAUGUUUGUUUGGCACUUUUGCUUUUAUGAGGACAGCUGAGGAGAAAGAGAGGAAAUGUGAGGAGGACAGUGUGGGGGGAAGAUGUGCAGCAAAGGGUUGUGGUAGGAAAUCGAAUAAGCGCCUCAGCGUAGCCUCUACAUGCUGGGGUCUGAGACUACUAGACCCCAAGUCUGGGACCUGAAAGGAGGCUGUAACAGUAUCAAUAAAAACUGAUUUUACCACAGCUUUGUUCAGCUCAUCGACAGUGUUACGCUGUAGAUUUGUUCCUUUUUAAGCCUGAAUCGUGUUGAGUUUGCUGCUCGCACUAAUACUAUUAAACAGUGACUUUUGAGCUGUUUAUCUGGAGUUCUUUUUGUUUUCUUGGCCUGUGAAAAAAUGAGACGUUUUUAUCUAACAACAAUCCAACUUUUUUUGUAUUUUACUCUUGCAUACUGCUAAUUUGGGCGACAGUCUGUUGUGUCUGCAGCUGCAUUGUGUCUCAGUGAGUUAAGCUGCUUUCACACACAUGGCUAGAAGCACGCUGGGUUGCCUUGCAUUGUAAAGUAACUGACAGAUACAGAGUUUGUUUUAGGCAGAUUACAGGCAUUUUGCUUACGCUGUUGCUUCUGACAGUGGUUUGAAUAACAAGCUUGUGUUACACUGAAACCUUUGUCAUGCAUUUUCUAAUUGUUUUUAUUUUUUAUUUUUCUCUAAAGCCAGAUUGAUAAGGGGCCCAGGUUUGAUAAUGCAGGAGGGUGAGUGCAUCACCUCUGGUAUGUUUGUAAUUCUUUCUUCAGGGGGAUUUUUUUUUGUUCGUGUUAUAAAACAGGAUGAUGUAAUUUAAGCCUUUUACUGUAUAACUUCUAAAAAAAGUAAUGAUAAAACAGAAAUGAGUUUCUUGAAAGUUAACUGCCUUCAGAUUUGUCCGACCAAUACUGAAAGUUGCUUGGCUCGGCUUGACGAAUAUUGAAAGUAGCUCGGCUCGGCUCGAUUCAAAAGGAAAGUGUAGGACCUUAUCGUGUUGCUAGGUUGCAGAAGCUUUUAUUUUCUCUGCAUACACACAGAUGUGUCAGGUUAAUGAAACGCAGGCAGGCCUGGGGAAGAGUUGCAGAGGAAAAACAAAAACAGCAUUAAAGGCUUAAACCCCUUCGACUUGCAUGUCUUGACUACACAAACUUCAGCCUCCUAUCAUUUCCUCAUCUUGUCUUCCUAUCAUAACCACCAUCACUCCACUGUGUCUCUCCAGAUCAAAGCUUAAUGAUGAUAGCAAUAGUGCUGGAGUCCAUUCAGACAGUAUUGAUAGUGAAAUAAACAAACACAAAACCGAACAGAUUCAAAACUUUGAUCUGCAGUGGAGAAGUUAAGAAACCCAAGACCUGGUUUGUGCUUCGGUUUGAGUACAUAAACCUCCAUCCUAACUCGACCAUCUUUCCCUCCUCCUCCCUAGAACUUUUGACCCAGCUGAUUAUGUGGAGCCAGCCCAGACAGAAGAGAACUACGGAGGGGGCAGCACCUGGAACAACACAGGAAGCGUGGAGAUGGAGGAGGGAGCGAGUAAGUUAAUUUAUUCACAAAGGUCACCCUCAAAUAAAAGAGAAUCUAAUCUUAUCACAGAGGCAUCUGCUUAGCAUCCCAACAAGUUUGAAAUCAUGUUCAGCAUCCUGUGGUUCAAUUAUGUGCAAAACAAACAAGCCCACUGUUGGUUACAACCACCCAAACCCCACAUAUUUGUUUUCCUCUGGUUGUCUUUGCGUCGAGGCGACUAAAGUAAAAUCAUCUUUCCAUUUAAUCCAACUUUGAUCUCCUCACCUUUGAUCUUCCUCUUUGUCUCCAGGGUUGGAGUACUCAGCAGGAGAGGGACCAAAUUACCCACCCAAGUUUGACUCUGCUCCUGGUAAACCUGUCUUUACUUAUCCCACCCCCCCUCUUUAUUUAUUUAGUACAUCCUUUAUUCUGUUCAAAGCUGGCACUGAACAGUUUUCUCUUUGACUCGUAGGUGCCUGGAGGACUGCCACAGAGGAGUGGGGCACUGAGGACUGGAAUGAGGAUGUGAGUGUUGUAGCUCUAAAUUUAACCUUGUUUGAGCACUUCUAAAGAAAAACAGAAGUUAAAAUAGGUUUUAGGACAGUUUAACUAAAGAUAGACUGGAUCUCUUUUUGAAAUCUACAGUUUUUCCUCGGACUGCAGCUAAGUACUCUAAUUUUCUCUGCAGCUUUCUGAGACCAAGAUAUUCACAGCUUCCAGUGUUGCGUCCAUCCCUAUGCCUCAAGAGAAUGUGACCAUCACCAAAGGACAAAGGUGGGGCACUUGUUCGUUAGCCCGACUCAUGCAGGGUUCCCCUUUUUUUUUUUUCUUUUUUUUUUUUUUUACAGUAUUUGACUGUUAUUCGUAAUUCCCUUCUGGUUUAGGAUUGACCUUGCGGUGCUUCUGGGGAAGACUCCCCCAUCCUCCUCCUCAGAGACAGAAAAUCCCCCUAUGGAGGCCCCUCAGCCCCCAUCUUUGUCCCAGUCACUGGUUUUCAGCAACUCCAAGCAAGGGGUGCCACUCUCCCAACCCUCCUCCAGCACCCCGUACAACCAGCACAGCAUGGUGAGACUCACACAUGAAAUCUGUAAAAACUUUACUCUGAUUUAAAGUGAAGUGCUUUGACUGUCUCAUUCAGGCUAACACUUAAUAUUUUGAAAAGAUUCAAGUCACUCCAGUCAUCAGUUUUUGCAUUAUCAUGGUUCUGAUGUCGCACUCUGCCACCACUACAGGUCAGCAUGCUGAGCAAGGGUUUUGGGGAGGUGGGGGACCCCAAAGCAGCAAGCACGGGGACCACAGGGUCUCAGUUUCUGGAGCAGUAUAAAACAGCUCAGGCUCUGGCCCAACUGGCGGCCCAGCACUCACAGACUGGACCUCCCAAUUCAGCGCCUUCAUCCUGGGACACCAGCGCCGCCUCACUGGGACAGUACGGUAAGAUGAGAGUUGAUUCUGCUCACCUGGAUCCCUCUUAAACAUUAAAUGAAAAUGUUGACUUUUAUUUUAUUAUCAUAGAGUUGUUCUCCCUGCAGUAUGUAACACUAACUGAUGGUACUUUCCCCGUUUCACAGAAAUGAAGACUCAGCCCGAGUCUUCGGUUCAUUCCCCCUUUGCGAAGCGGCAGCCCUACCAGGCCGCCACCUCAUCCUCGUCCAUGUUGGAUGUUUUCCUGCAGGACAAAGGACUGCCUCCUUCCUCCGCUGUCUCCUCAUCUCCUUCCUUACCCCAACAAACAACAUCCUCGCCCCAUGCGGUGCCUCCGCCUGCUUCCGCCCUCUCCAAAAUGGCAGCAGUCCCCUCUCUAGGUCAACAAGUGUCCCCCAGUUCCUCAGAUGCCCAGAGUCCUCUUCCUCUGCAGCAACACAAACUAAAACAGCAGAAGAAGAGGACAUCGAUCACAACAAAGGUUCAUAUUCAUUCUUAAGCAUUUCACACAGAGUAAAACAACAGUUUUUGUGUUUGACGAUUCUAUCAAAUAUGCACUUUAAAGAAUUAAAGGGAUAUUUCAAGAGUUUAUGUUUACGCUGUGCAUGAACAUCUAGAAGAACCAGCUCUGUGUCAAGACAUGACAGACUCAAACUGUCCCGGCCAAGUCUAUAAAUGCCCUUUAAUCCUUCUCAGAUUCCGGCUAUGGCGGUGGAGAUGCCUGGCUCGGCGGACAUCUCAGGCCUCAAUCUGCAGUUUGGAGCGCUGCAGUUUGGGUCUGAGCCAGUUCUACCAGAGUACGAGUCCGCCCCCACAUCCACAACCCCAGCCAACCAGGUUCAGAACAGCCUCUACACGAGUCCCAGCAGGUUAGUCAACACACAAUACAACUCAGCAGAGAUGUUCCCACAUUUGAAUAACUGGUCUGUAAAUAUUAUGAAAGUUGAGAAACAGUUUUUUUUAACACUCUUCAGGGUCAAGAGAGGUUUUAUUUAGAAUACAGGAUCUGAGUGUGUAGAUCUGAGUAGAGGAAUGUUAAUAAAAAUGCAACAAGGCCUCACAAGAAUGAAGUGAAUUAUCACAUUUUCUGUAGUAAACAGUUUUUAUCAUGUGAUUACGGACAGACAUGAAGCGGUUAUUGAGCUUAAUCUGGGUUUGUUGACUUAAAUUGGUUGUUAUGGCUAAAAAUUAAGGUUCACUUGUCGAGUUUUAAGUCCUCUUUGGAAGUUAUCGAUUAGGAAUACACUCUGACUGGUUUUGUUGUUACUGUUACGAUCUGCAGUGAAUCAGCUGCGGCUCUCUCCAACUCCAGCCAGAUGGACCUGUACGAUCAGAGAGCAGCUCAGACACGGCGCUACCCACCCUCCGUCUCCUCCUCCCCUCAGAAAGAUAUGCAGCCAAAGGUAAACACCAGAAACACGUCUUUGUCUUAUUCCCUAUGUUACUUCUUUUUGUCUGAAAAUGGAGAUGUUGGAAGCGGUUAGUGUCGGGCAGCAUGCUUGAACCCUUAUAAUGUCCCGUUGACCUUUUAAGUAAGUAAAGUUUAUUUACAGAGCACUUUUUACAGAUAAAAAUCACAAGGCGCUGUACAUGAAAUAAGUGCAGUAAGAUAAACAUAAACGGUACAAAAAAUAAGUACAUAUACAUACACAAAUACUCAUACAGGUGAGUACAGAAAUAAGUGCAGAUAUAAAAGAUAAGUAAAAGAGAUAAACAAAACUCAGUUAAUUUAAAGCUUGUCUAAAAGAUUCUUCAACUGUUUUUUCUGCUUCCUUUAAACCAGUGUGGGGGUUAUUGUCAGACUGUAAAGACUGUGCAGUUAAAACUUGAACAACAAAACUCCUCUUCAACAUACUACAAUUAUUUGCACAGAUUAUUGGUUUUAUUGAUUAAAACCUUUCCGCUUUAAUUUCAGCCUCUUUUGUAUAAAAUUCAUUAUCAUGUUUUGUGUCUAAUCUUAAGUCCUCGAGGGAGCUGAUGUGCUGUGUGAACUUUACUGAGACUCUCUUGACUUAAGAGCCCAACACCCCGCAACUCCUUCUUCUUAUUAAUGGCCUGUUUCCAUAGAAACCUGUGAGCUUACCUUCAUUGUUGGUUUUACAGAAUGGCUACAGUUCAAUACAAGCAACACAAGCCGUGGAGGGUGAGUGUCUGUUUGCAGAGCUCUCUUCUUCUCUCUAAAAGCAUGAUUGAAAUUGUUUGGGACAUUUGCAACUCCCAUUUUAUCGGCUUACAAUUCAUUCUUGUCUCUCUUUUCUCUCCCUUUCUCUCUCUCUCUCUCUCUCUCUCUCUUUGCAGCUGCAGCAGGCUCUGCAGUCAAACCGGCCUCUGAUUUGGUCACGCAGGCGUCUGUCUCCAGCAUGGGCACUUUGACUGACUCAGGCCCCGCCUCCCUGUUAACCACGUCCAAUCAAACAUCCCUCAGCACUCUGGGGCACAGUGAAGACCUGCCCCCAAGCACCAUUCCUCCUCCUCCUCAGCACAACAAGUAAGAUGAAGCCAAACUCGCUUCCUAAUUUCAUCAUUAAUGAUUCAGUUCUGGUUUGUGUGUUCAGUGAUUUAUCCAGAACCCUGUUGUCUUUUAUUCUCAGCUCACACCCAUCACAACAGAACAGCCUAGCGCCAUCUUCAGUCCGGACAUCAAAUUCAAGCUUAUUGGUGAGCUCUUCAUGAUUUCUCUGUUUGUGUUCUAGACCUGCUUCAUUGUCUUUCUUAUUUGUCACUCAUUGAGAAAUACUGAUCUACACAUGAGUUAUCUGUGCUUCUAAUACUGUGCGGUCGACUCCCCUCUUCCUCUGAGCCUCGCUAAAGCUCCAUUUCCAGACAGACACAUUAGAUGUCAAUCCACUCUAAUGGAAAUUUAAUCCGAUCAAUCCUAACCGCAUCUUUUAUCUACUUCCUUCCAUCUCCGCAGCAUCCCAGCGUAGACGGCGACUCCAGCCUGCACUCCUCCUCCUUCCCUUCCUCCGUCUCGGCCGUGCAGUCUUCAUCGGUCCCCUCCUCCUCUUCCUCUGUGGCCGCGGCGGCGCAGGUGUCGCUCGGAGCCCCUCAAGCCCCCUCGGUGGGCUCCGCCACAGUCUCGGCCCCCUCCGGCCUCGGACCCGUCAGCAGUCUCACCAUGGGACUCAACGCCGCCUCCAUGGGCGCCCCAGCUGCAGCCGCCGCCACGAUUUCAGUCUCCACGACUGCCUCAGCCAUUCCUUCUUCAGCUUCGUCUUCAUCCUCACGCGGCUCCGCAGCAUCCUCAGGUGAGACACAGAGUUUGACAUUGCAUACUGCUAAUUUACAUAUGCAGCCAAAGGAAAAUAACUGAUUGUGCCUCCUUACUUUGUUUAUAGUUGAGAAUAGUCACAGUCAAGAGACGAGAUUGUUGUUUUUUAUGUCAAAUGCUUAGUUUUUUAAUGUUUUUUUCUUUGUAUUUAUAGGGAAAGCACCUCCAAACCUUCCACCAGGAGUGCCCCCUCUACUGCCCAACCCAUACAUCAUGGCCCCGGGACUACUGCACGCCUACCCUGUAGGUUCCUGCCAUGGUUAAGUCAGUCUCUGUACAGUGAGAGCUAUACCUUUUAACGGAGGUGAUCUUAUAGAAUCUAUUGUGCUAAUACCAUCCCCUGACUCAUGUCUCGAUUCGUUCCAGCCUCAGGUGUACGGCUAUGAUGACCUACAGAUGCUGCAGACAAGAAUACCGCUGGUGCGUUUACUCAUGUACUUAGCUGCAGCAGUAAAAGCACAUCUUGUUUUAUAUACUCUGUAGCUUCAGGGCCUGUUGUCUUUUGAUUUAUGUAGUUGUUUUUUUCCAUUUUCAGGAUUACUACAGCAUCCCUUUUGCAACUCCCACCACAGCACUGACUGGCAGAGAGGGCAGCUUGACAAACAACCCUUAUUCUGGUGAGCUCUGACUGAUUAUAUGUAUAUAAUGUAGGAUUACAUAAACUUAAACUAAGUAGGAUGAGUGUCUACAUGUGAUCAAACAUGAGCUCUUUCGUAUUGUGAGUCUGCUACAGCUUUGUAAUGCAGCUCCAGGCUCAGGUGGUCACAACAAAGAAAAGGGAGAUGCACACCAUGUAUAAGAAUCAAAACAAAUCUUUAUGAAAUCAAAUUGAACCAAAGUAGAAUAUUAAGAAAUGAGGUGUUGUAAAUCAGUAAAAUCAGUAGUGUGUAAGGUGUGAAUGAGUGGAAGGUAGGUGUAUGUGUGCGAGGGUGUUUUACAGAGCAAUCAUAAACUACAACUGAACUAAACCAAGUACCUGUAAAGGAGGCUAGGACAAAAAGGAGGGCAUUGCAAGUAACUGUGGGAUCUUAAAUACCCCCAACACCCAGGUGUACAUAAUUACUCUGAUUAAUGUGCAGAGAGAAACCAACCAGACACACCUCCAACAGCAGCAUGACCCACAGGGGCAUCUCACAUCAUACUUAUCCUGCAGUGGUGUUUUAUUGGUCAUUUCACAUUUUGUUUUAUGUACUCCUUCUCCAAAUAUUUUGCGUUCCCCUUCAAAUCCAUCCUCUGAAUGCACUUCUACUCUGUUGCUUUUGGCUCAGCGUUAGACUUCCUCCUUCUUUCAGCUAUUUUCUCUUCUAUAGGUCUUGGUUUUUAAGAAAAGGUCAAAAAUCUCAUUACCCCGACUUUGUCCUAUCAUCCUCCCCUUCCCUUUUCCCACAUCAGCAGGCGACUUGUCAAAGUUUGGUCGAGGCGACGCGUCGUCCCCGGCCCCCGCCACCACAUUAGCUCAGACGCAACAGAACCAGACGCAGACGCAUCACACCACACAGCAGCCCUUCCUCAACCCUGCGUUACCGCCCGGCUACAGCUACACGAGCCUCCCUUACUACACUGGCAUGCCGGGCCUGCCCAAUACCUUCCAGUACGGACCUGCUGUGUUUCCGGUGAGGACAUUUAAAUCUGUAUUAGCUGGAGGAUUCAUGCUGCGUUUGAGUUACCUUGGAAUUCAGAUGUCCGAGCUGGGAAUGAUGUCAAACCAGAGUUUCCAGCGUUUCAGUUACCAAGUCAGAAAAAAGCAAAAUUGGAGGCGGAAACAAGAUGGCUACAUCUACGAAAGUUAUUUUAGCCGAAAAAAGGAAAAUCGGAGGCAGAAACAAGACGGCUACAUCUACAAAAGUUAUUUUAGCACUUGCCUUGUCCGAAUAUAAGUAAGAACAAGGCAAGCGCCAAAAUAACUUUCGUAGAUGUAGCCAUCUUGUUUCUGCCUCCGAUUUUGCUUUUUUCUGACUUUGUAACUGAAACGCUGGAAACUCGGGUGAGACGUCAUUCCCAGCUCGGACUUCUGACUUCCAAGGUAACUUGAACGCAGCAUUAGUCUUCUAACAAAUGAGGGAAAUGGUUUGGUUCGAACAGAAGCAGGAACCUUCCCCGGUUUGAGAUCUUUCUGACUUCAUAACAAGCUGCUGUUGUUUGCACACAGGUGGCUCCUACCUCGUCAAAACAGCACGGAGUGAAUGUCGGCGUGAAUGCAUCAGCCACACCCUUCCAGCAGGCUAGUGGCUAUGGUUCCCAUGGAUACAGCACUGGUGAGGCACUGAACCACAUUGAAAACAGCAUGGUUAGAAAGGGUCACACCAGAUCCUACGCUGCAUACUCAAACACCAAUAACUCAGCGCUGAUUCCUCCAAUGAACCCAUUGAUUUUUCUCAUCGGUGCGGGGGAGCAUAUUUCAUUGGAGCUCUGCAACAUCAGCAAACAUAAACAUGAUGCUUAUGUUAACGGCAGUCAAUAAAACAUUUUAAUCUGCUCGUUCUCAAUUGAACUGCUGACCUGGAUGUAAACUGUCAUUCAAGCAUGAGUAAUGAUGAGGUAUUUGAACUGUAUCUGCAUCUUGUAUCCAGCUUUCAUUGCCUGUAAAAAAAGAAGGGACAUGCCCCGAUAAUGCAGAUGUCACUUUUAAUGAAAUGGCCUCUGGUGCUGAAAGAAUGGGACGGCCAUUUAAAACAAAUGGAGAGAGAGAGAGAGAAGAUGGGCUUGCACAGCGGCACCUGGCUCUGUCAGUUGAAUAGCAGAGGGGUUAGAUUAUGGGUCUCCUGCUGUCUUCCAUAGCUUGCUUUUGCUCAUUUCAGAAAGUGAGUUUACCUUCCACCACAUCACAUCCACCUUAAACACAUCAACAAACGGAGCACCCCUCAUCUCUCCAUAUUUCUUUAAAGGACCCCCUUCCCCUCUUAGAGCACAUUUCCUUCCAGCAGUUUCACAUUUUUCCAGUGGCUUUUCUUGUUUCACUUUGAUUUCCUUUUUAACAGGGAUUUCUUGAUAGUUUGUUUUUAUUUCCAUACUUUAAUUCAUCACUCAAUAUUCACCCAUGUGCAACACCUAUGUGUUCUAAGCUGCACCAUCUGCUGCUUUCUGCCAUCACCCAACUCAAGCUCACUCUCCAACCCCCUCCCUCCCACACACACACAACCCUGCCUGCCCCCUCACUCCCCCCCCCCCACCUCCUCCCCUUCAGACCUGGCUCAGAUAGUACUUGCAAACGAUGUCGGCGUUGAUUCGGACCUGUUUGUUGAACUAGAUGGGCAGGUUUUGCCGCACAGGACAAUGCAUACGGUGUCAAAGUUCGUAUAUUUUCUGUGGCGUGUUCUGAGUGGGUUUAGCGUGCUCUCUUAGCGGAUUUGACACUAUCUGUAUUGUCGAAAUGUCGGGAAACCUGUUUAUUUAGUGCACAGUUUCAAACCAAACGCCGCGGAGAAUUUGCAAACACUAUCCGAGGCAGGUUUGCUUCCCCUGCCUGGUGUGUCUAAUGCUGUGGGCUGCGGCUGUGUGUCUGACUGUUGCAGGCUAUGAGGAUGUGGGCCAGGCUUCAGGGAGUGGGGAUUUCUGUAAGGGCGGAUACGGCACUGCUGUGGCCGCUGCCGCUUCUGCACAAAACAAGCCAGCCAGCUCUGUCACCGGGCCUGGAGUCGGUGAGUGCCGCCACAUGCCAGAUAGAAAACAAAAAGGAGCAUUUAGAAAAAGAAAAAAGAGAAAUUUCCCUGUCCCUCCCGUCUUCCUCCUUGUGUCACCAAUCAUCAUUCUCCCCCUCUCUGCUCUCGUUCCGUUGCCUCAUCGCUGAUGAGCUGAACCAUCAUAAUACAUACGCUUCGAGACAGCCCAAUGCAGCCUGCCUCUCUUACAAGCCCUGUCCGCCUUUUCGUCUGGUACCUGUUCUCCUCCAGGGGAACUCAUCAUCAACCCAAUCCGGUUCAGAUAUUCUCCACAAAAACUCUGCCUAAUUAUCUUGUUUGGAGUCAAAAACGUGGCAGAUCACAAAGAUCGUGACUUCCACAAACUGAUGAGUUUCUCUGGUUGAAGCUGUCCUACUUUCUCUCUGUGUGGCUUGCUUUUCAUUCAUGUUGUCAUGCCGAUGUGUUGUUUUCCAGAGUAUCAAGUUUGCAGCCUGGUGGUGGGUGAAGUGGGUAACAAAAUAUCAGUAUCACUGGAUGAAAUAGUGCUGUGCCAUAAAACGUGACUGGAUAUUUUGAUUGAUUAGAUUUGUUGCUUUUUCAGACACGCACGUCGCUGGCCAUGAAUGAUGAAUGAAAGAAUGGAACACUGUUUCUUGAAAAUCACACAGAAAUUUUGGCAGCUUGGACCUGAUAGUAUUUUCUUAACCACUCGUGUGCAGUGUGGGUCUGAUUCAAAUAACACUCAUUAAUCUGAGAACGGAGGAAGAGACAUCUUUUAAUACAGACAACGAAAUGCGAAACAAUCUGAGAAAACUAUCGAGUGUCACUGAAAAUCAUAAGUUAAACAGAGGCUUUACACUAGCUUACUCCCACAGCAUAAUAAAGCUGUAAAAGUCACUAAUGUUGCUGUAAUCCACAGAUUUGUGGAAAUUAAUAAAAGCAGCAGGGAAAAACUGUCAAAAGGAAAACAUUACGCGGAGAAGUCAAUUUAUAAGAUAAGAAAACUUUUGAAGAUGUUUGAGUCAGCAACAAUUUGAAAUGGUAGACCAGUUUCACAGGAGUUGACCACUUUUAUGGAGACCUUGUAUGCGUCUUGUCUUUUGUACGUACUUUUACAAAAAUUCUGGAAAAAAAACAAAAAGUAUGAAAUACAAAAAUAAAAAAAAACUACAAAAAGGUAUGAAAUACAAAAAUAAAAAAAAAAACAAUAAAAGAAAGUAUGAAAUACAAAAAUGUAAAAAAACAAAAAAAUAUGAAAUACAAAAGUAAAAAAAGCAGUAAAAUAAAGUAUGAAAUGAAAAAAUUAAAAAACAAUAAAAGAAAGUAUGAAAUACAAAACUUUUAAACAGCAUUAAAAGAAAGUAUAAAAUACAAAAAUGUAAAAAAACAAAAAAAUAUGAAAUACAAAAAUUUUAAAAAGCAAUAAAUGAAAGUAUGAAAUGAAAAAAACAAAAGAAAGCAUGAAAUACAAAAAUUUAAAUUUAAAAAAAAAAAAAAGUAUGAGAAAGACUCGAAUAAAGCAGACCAGGUAAGCCCUUACGAGGAGAAGAGAACAGCUUUGAGAAAGCUCACUUGUUGAUUGAAAGUCAAAUUGAUCAUUUUGGAUGCAUUACCUGGUAGUCUGAAAAUGUAAAUGUGACCACACAGUGUGAAACAGAUUUGCUGCUUAAAACUGAAAGGAGUUUUUAGCAAGGCACAAAACAGACUAGCAUAAAUAUUGAUGCCCAUGCAACAGUAAACUAGAGCAUUAGGGACAAGGUUGGUUAUUUCUGUGGAUGUGUUUCUGCUGGUAGAAGGUGUCAGAUGAACUGAUUCUGAAGGUCAAAGAAGGGUGAGAUGCUUUGUGAGGAAACACAGUUAAAAAUUAGCAGUGAGGAGAUACCCCUUAUGGUCCACAGGGGUUACCAAAUUCAGCGCAAACCAAGAUGGGUUCAGAUUGGUUACAUUAAUGACAAAUCGGUCAAUAAAUGUUUUUACGAACUUACUGAAACUGUGUGCACAGGUUUUGUUUCCAAAUAUUCAGUUGAAUGUUGUGUUAGAUGUGUCAUUGCACUAACCUUUGUGAUUAUUUUCUCCAGUUUCCUGCUCACGGUCUUCUUAUCAUAACUUUAGGAACCUGAAGGCACUAACAUUUUGCUGUUUGGUUGACACUAAAACUGAUCUUUGAAAACAAGUGUUCUGCACACCAGUUGACCCUGUUUUGCGUUACCGUAGCGAUCCAGGGGGUCAGAGCGUGCCAGAACAACUACGGCAGUAUCCAACAGAUACAGUCAGAUUUACACCACUGUGGCUGACUGGAACUGAUACGCUGCAACACCAUCUUUUUUCACCUCUCUUCCUCUUCAUCUCAUCUCUCAUCUCCUCACUGUCUCUCUCUCUCAUUGAGGGGAAAUCCUGCUGAAAUCAUCUAUGGACUUGUGCUGACAUAGAUGCUGUUUGUGAAAUUUCCUGGAUUCUAAUUCAAGUCUCAUCACGGGUGCUUGAAUAAAACAUGUUUUCAUGUAACCAUAGUUGUAAGCUAACAAUGCUAGUGACCUCACUAGAAAGAUGACUGGGCAUGGUUUGUUUUGGGAGGUCGCUCCCUAAUCCCCUGUGCGUGCUCAUUUUUGCAAGUAUUGGACUAACUUUCUCUCGUCUUCUCUGUCUCUGCAGGAGUCUCUGUGACGUCAAGCAACACAGGGGUACCAGAUAUUUCAGGGUCUGUUUACACAAAAACGCAGGUAAUUACAGGCUGUAAAUAGUUUUUUUAUAAACAUAAGAAGUUUUUCUCCUGCUUGGGAUGUGACCAUGUCUGUGUUUUGUCUGACUUAACCCCACAGUCGUUUGAGAAGCAGGGUUUCCAUGCUGGCACACCAGCAGCUUCAUUCAGCCUGCCCUCAGCUCUGGGGAGCGGGGGACCCAUCAACCCCCCUGCUGCAGCUGGCUACGCCCCGGCCCCCUUCAUGCACAUCCUCGCACCGCACCAACAGCCCCAUUCUCAAAUUUUGCACCACCACCUGCAGCAAGACGGACAGGUAGAGUUUGUGCUUUGGUUGUUUCAUCAGUGUGCUAUCAGUGAAAGACAGUUUUUCAGUUUAAAGGCCCUUACACGACGGGGCCGACGCAGAUUAUAGAACGCGAAAUUACAAAAUAUUCGGAGGGGAAUUUUGACGGGCCUGACUAUACACAUCAAGCCCGAUGCGAUUUUGCAACUUUCCGGGGAGGAAAAGACUCAUCCCGGGGAAGACUUUUUUCGGGGAAAGUCCCACCUCCUUCGCCUCUGAUUGGCUAGAAAAGCUAGAAACAUCAUCACACGCUGUGAAAGGCGUGAAAGGACCUUUAAUUGGCUGGUUUUGAUUUAGAAUGAGUAAGUCCUGUUAGAUCAUUCAGCACUUGCCUCCAAAGUAGAUAUUCAACCCUCCACUGACUCAAUAAAUCCUCCUAAUUUAGAAAUUUGUAGUUCUUACCAUGGUUAUCAAUGAAUUCAUCACCCUAGUAAAGCUCUGCAGUUCACUCAGAACCAAAGGAGGACGGACUCAAUUUGAUAAAUAAAAGAAAACAGGAGAUUUAUUCAUAGAUUUCACCAUGAUACAAAUAAUCCAAACCACAGCGCGUUCAUGUGACAGUGGAUCCAUCCAGAAGUCCUUCAAACAUAAAUAAGAAAAACGUGUCCCUGGCAGAUAAAUCAUAAAGUUCAUAUUUGUAGCGUCAUAAUGUCACCAAGCAAUCUCCCAUUGGUGUAAACACAUGGCACGAGUUAUCAGCUCACAUGCACCCUGUCCUCUCUCUCUCUCGCUCUCUCUCUCUCUCUCUCUCUCUCUCUCUCUCUUACAGAGCGGCACUGGACAACGCAGCCAGAACGCCUCCAUCCAGCAGAAGUCCCAGAUCAACAAGUCGGCAUACAACAGCUACAACUGGGGGGCGAACUAACAUCUGCUGACACCCAUCCACAUCCACCGUUGACAGAAGCAAAGAAGGGGGCUCAUCACCCCUUCCCGCUAAUAUAAACAUCCUCUCCCUCCUGCAGAGAUUCUCCCCCCCAGUCUCUUGGCCCAGCACUCCUGCAGCUCUGACUGCGGUCAGAGGAGGUGCUGUGCCGAGAGAACCAGCACUGUAAUGAUGCAUGGAUGGGGGGAGGAAGGGAGGGGCUUAGAAGAGAGGAGAGACAGGAGCUUAAUGGUUAUAGAAAUACACCAUCAAAAGGUGACAUAUUGAGUGUUGGGAAUUCGUAUCGUGUUAACAACCCCGCCCCACCCCCCUUUUUUUCUUUCACUUGUAUGUAACAUAGAACUGUUUUCUAAAGAAUGAACGUUUCCUGUAAGGUCUCCUCCUUUUUCGUCUUUGCCCCAUUUUUUUCUUGCUGAUGGGGAGGAAUGAAGUUCAAUCUGAAGGUGGGGGGACAGGCUGGUUUUGUAUUUCUCACCCUCAGCUCCCCAUUACUUAAUUUUGGAGAAAACUCUUUCCACCCACGUGAGAUACCCAAACACAAUUAUUUGCUUAAUUGCUGUUUUGAUUUGUUUUAUUUUUUUUUUUUUAGGUCAUUUUAAGUUUGAAGAAACAAUUCUCUAAAUCGGUAGAGUUGUGAAGUUUAUUUUUUACCAAAUAUAGAUAUAUAUAAAGACAUAUAAGCAAGCUCACUGGCUUGGACUGUGAGGAAAGUGUGUUUGUCAUGUGACUGCGUGCAUGUUUGUACACACAGGGGCCGAGGGUUGUGUACUGUGCUUUGUUUUCUUCCUAGCACAGGGUUUUUCAUUAUCUGACAUAUGUACAGUAAUUGUUCCCAUGAGUUAUAAAUAUGUUGCAUAAAGGUCCCACUUAUUCUGCAAGAGAUGUUGAGAGUGAUUUCCAAGGCCAAUACACACCCAGUAUGCCUUCCAGUGUGUUUUAUUUUUGUUGAUUUCUGAGGCCCCCCACCUCCUCCCCAUCCCACCACCUGUCCCCCAUUGUAAGGAAACCUGCAACAUUGAAUACUGAUGGACAGAAUUGUAUUUUGGGUUUUUUGUCAGUGAUUUAUUUUUCUUUUUGUACUGUGCGUUUUAAAAAAAAAAUUUAAAUGGAUAAACUUGUCUUGUACAUAUAUAAAAAAACACAAGUACUGUAGUCCCUGUUUGUUCGAUGGCUUUCUCCUUUUCCUUCUCAAAUCCUUGCAGACUUGUUAGCUUAUUGUUUCAUAUAUUUUUUUUAUUUUGUAAAAAUAUAUAAAUAUUAAGUAAAUAAACAAGAAAAAGACAUUUUUCAUCAUUUUGGAUGUGAAUGUCUUUUAAGAAACUAUAUUUGUUUCUCAUGUGGCUUGUAAAUACAGCAUCUCUUCCAACUGUUUGACAUUGA